AUUCAACGAAACAUUACGGUAGAAGGUCGGAAAUGCGCGCGCGCGCGCGAUCUAAUCUUUGUUGUCGCGCGUGGGCAAGCCACUUCUAGCACGCCACGUUAUCCCAUCAUCUCUUUCUAUCGCCGCCAUCAUGCUUCCAACUGGAGUGUCUGGUACCCUAUAAGUAUCUCAAGUGAUGACUUAUUUAGAUCUCCCUACUGGCCUGCACUAACAUGUUUAUGAGAACACUCGUUCAAGCUGGUGUUACGCUAUCACUGCUAGCAGCUAGCGUAUUCAUGACUCUCGCCGUUUCUGUUGCCGAGGACAAUCUUGAUACUACGGAAGCAGUGCAUGUUGAGAUUCAGUCCAAGGUUCACAAUGCAACUGGCAUUCGUUAUGUCAAGAACUCAGGAAUCUGUGAAACAACUCCAAAUGUUACCCAAAUUUCUGGUUACAUCAACGUUGGAACAAACAUGUCCAUGGUAUAUUUCUGUUCCCUAUCCUCCAGGUUGAUCUACAUUGACCAGCCAAUUGGAACAGGGUUUUCUUACGGUACUGAUACGGUAAACAGCACAGAAGCCGCUGCGCCCUUCGUGUGGACUGCAUUUCAGGUUUUGUUUGAAAGCCAGUUAUUUUCGAAGUACGCUAGUCGAGAGUUCAUCUUUACCACAGAGAGCUAUGGUGGUCACUACGGACCCAGCUUUGUGACCUACUUCGAAGAGCAAAACGCCUUAAUUGCUAGCGGGAAGAUUGAUGCUGUUCCAAUUGUUGUCAGCGCCCUGAUGAUUAACGAUGGCUGGUAUGAUCCGCUCAUUCAGACCGUUUCAUACCUAAGCUAUGUGACUUAUGCCCCUGGCUAUGGACAGCUCCAGCCAGAUGUUGUACUCAAGAACAUUUCGGAUUCCCUCUACGGUCCUGAUGGUUGCGUAGCGCAAGAGAAUGCCUGCUACGCUGCUGGAACUUCUACCCACUCAGAUAAGAUUUGCCGGGACGCCGAAAGUUACUGUAACGACAAUGUCUUUAUCCCUGCUGCGGGCGAUUACGACCCCGAUGAUAUCCGUCAAAAUUCAUCUGCUUUAUUUCCCCCUGAAUACUAUGUGUAUUAUCUGCGCAGAGAGGAUGUCAUGAAGAAGAUUGGUGCUCAGGUCAAGUACGAGGAAUGCCCGGACGCACCCUAUGACAAAUUUGUAAAGACAGGCGAUAUUGCUAGAACAUGGCUACCUCAGUUGUCAGCACUUGCCAACUCUAGGAUGAAGAUUUUGAUUUGGGCUGGAGAUGCUGAUAUGAAUUGUAACUGGCUUGGAGGCCAUGCGUCAGUUCUAGCAAUGGAUUGGUAUGGCAACGAGACGCUCCAUAAUACCCCAUUCACCAAUAUGACGAUCAACGGCACGCCUAUCGCGGCCGUGCAGAACGUCGACAACUUCUCCUUUGCGUGAGUUUUUUUUCCCUUAGCAGCUUGUUAAUGAAAGAUACACCUACACCUCAUCAUUUUACGUUUUAGACGCGUGUACGGUGCUGGACACGAAAUCCCUUCCUUCCAGCCCCAAGCAGCUUUGGAGAUUUUCUCGCAGGUUGUUCGUAAGGAGCAACUUCACUCCGUCUGAAGAGUGAUUUUGGAAGCGUACACCGUGAUUCUGGUUAGACAUACUUGACAUGUUUGCAAAAAGCCAAACUUCGAAAUCUACAUAUCCAUACUGCCAGGAGCACGUACCUCACGUACCACUACUAUCGGUUAACACAACUUCGGUCAACCAUUAGUUGGGACAAUUUGGAAUAUCUCGCUCAGCUCUGCUUCAAAUUAUAUUCUGUCCAACUACGUAUCAUUGUACAUUCAUAAUACACGUGC